UCGACGUAAAUGAGAAAAAAUCUGAUGAUGCAGUAUUUACGAAUGUGACGUAACGAGAAAACGCGUAGUUGACGUUUCGAGGGUUUUGUAUGAGUAAAUCAUGUUCCUGAAGUCUAUCCUGGAGAGUUUGUUCGGGGGAGGAGAUAAUCAUCGUGUGAAUCCGGGGAACGAUGAUCAACGAAUUUUUGGCGACAGAUUCAGGAAUCCUAUCUGGCAGAAUGAUGAAGAUGACGAUGAAGAGUAUGGGGAAGACUACAGACAUCCUGGGCAUUCUCGUCGAGGAUUUCACUUCGAGAUAUUCACGGAUCCUUUCGAGAUGACUAGGUACUUUGAAUCGCAGAUGGACACUAUGAUGAAGGAUUUCUUCAGCUUUGGGCUUGGAGAGGGCAAGGAGAUACCCUUCGAGGGAUUUUCACAGAUUAUGCCACCAAAUCAGCAGGAGAGGGACUUGAGGGAUGAAGUUUUGAAACCUGGGUACACCCUACCACCACCUAACCAUGGGGUUGAUAUCCCCAAGUGUGAUGAAGAUCUUGAUGGAAAAGUGGAUCUCAAAGAUUUCUCCAGGGUUUGGAAUGGAACUGCUGAGCCCGAAGGAGAAUUGACUUCUCCCCAGCCAUUUAAAUUCCGAUCGUUUGGGCAAUCUAUUGUUUCUCAGACAAUUAGGCGUCCUGAUGGAUCGAUCGAGGAGAGGAGGACUACAAAAGACAACGAGGGAAACUCCGAAACCAUCGUCAAGCACAGGAUGGGGGAGAAAAUCCACACUGUCGUGAUAAAAAAGGAUAAGGAUGGAGUCGAGACCCAAACUGAAAAUUUCGAGAAUAUGGAUCCAAAUGAGCUGAAUACACUCGAUAAAAAUUGGAAGUCUGUCGAGCCGAUGAUCGAGCCGGGGACUCUGACUAAAUUCCCCUGGAGCAAAUUCUUCGACUUCAGUCCGAAAUUGUAAGAAAAAUAUAGGAAAUUUGAAGAUCCAGCAAAUCGUUACAAUAGUCAGAUAUUAAAUUAUGGAAUAGUUAACUACGUGAUUUGAUUUAGACUAUAUGAAAUCAGGAGGAAAGGGAGUGUUUUGAGUUUCCUAGUGAAAUUAUUAUUAGAAAAUUGAUAAUAAAAUUUAAAUAUAGAAACGAGAGAAUUUCCUGGCGUUUUCAACCAUAAAUUAAUUUUAUUAAUUGUAUAUACUCUGUACAAACAUAUAUACAGUUCUAAUAAACCUUAGAUACUACCGUGAAA